AUGGGAGCCUGCUGCCUCAGCUUCACCUACCAGGUUACCUAUUACUGCUGGAACGUCUACUUCACCUCGUACCUGCAGGUGGUAUACAAUAUCUCCAUCACCUCGGUCGGCUAUAUCUCGAGCAUCUUCGACGUUGUCUCGGGCGUCGAGCUCUUGAUCGUCGGCUGCCUGAUCCCCGGCCGGUACAAGUGGGUGCUCAUGUGGGGAAGCCUGGGCUAUGUCGUCAUAUGCCAGAUAUUCAUUGCCCUGGGCGGCGGAGUCAUUAUCAUCGGCGAGCAAGUCGCCGCCAUGGCAGCCUGUCUCCACGACGACGAGGCCGCCGUCCUGGCCCUGCUCGGUCUGUUUUGCUACAUUGGGGUGCCUAUCGGCAACAGCAUCUCGGGCGCCAUCUGGACCAACUCGCUCAAGAUUAGCUACCCUAUCGGCUCUGACGUGCGAGACAGCAUUAUAUCCGCCUACGCGUCCACGCAGAGACUGAUGCUCAUUGCCGAUACUUCCAUCAUGGUGCUGGCACUGGUUUUCAUGAUGAUGAUUAAGGACAUUAACGUCAAGAAGAUUCAAUGGGUUAAGGGAAUGGUACUUUAG